CCACUUACUGCACGCUUCCCACCUUGGUUACCGUUAGCCUCCAGGCUUCGCCGCCCCGUCUCGGGAGGAAGUCCGCGAUUCGCACGACGGAGUUUUUCACUUUCCGCACAGUACCACGUACAAUUCCUUUUUACUUUCUCGCUUAUCUCACGUUCUGAAUGUUCUAGAUUCGGGCUAUAAUUUCUCCAUCUGCUUCCUCCCUCCUCCCACUCAUGGCGUCCCUGUUCCGACCUCUCAUCCAGUUACCUCGGCCGGCAAAACCGUCGUCGAUAUGCGCACAAUGCCGCCGCGCCUUCGUUUCCAGCCCAAUCCUCCAGGCCGGGCACAACAAAUGGAGCAAGAUCCGCCACGACAAGGCGGCCAAUGACAUGAAGAAGAACGCGGCCCGCACACUCUUCUGCAAGAACAUCACCUUGUACUCUAAACUCUACGGCCCGGAUCCCAACCUCAACCCCCAGCUAGCCAGCGCCAUCACCGCGGCCAAGAAGGCCAGCGUGCCCAAAGACAAGAUCGAAGCAGCCAUUGCGCGCGGGCAGGGCAAGUCGUCGGGGGGCGAGGCACUCGAGUCCAUCACGUUCGAAGCGAUGAUGCCCCCGUCCAUUGCGCUGAUCGUCGACCUCGAGACCGAGAGCAAGCUGCGGGCGCUCCAGGACCUCAACCAGAUGGUCAAGAAGGCCAAGGGAUCGCCGAGCUCGUCCAAGUUCUUCUUCUCGCGCCUCGGCCGGGUUGUGUUUGAGAAGAGCGAGAGCGGGCCGGACGUGGACCAAGUCAUGGACGACGCCAUCGAAGCGGGGGCGGAGGACCUCGAGCACGACGCGGACGGCAACAUUGUCGUCUGGACGCAGCCGUCGGAUACGAUGCAAGUGUGCAAGUCGGUCGGAUCCAAGUUUGGGCUCAAGAUCCUGAGCUCGGAUAUCGUCUGGACGGCGAACGAGGACACCAAGACCAAGCUGGAUGCCUCGGACGAGUUGGUCCAUUUCACAGAGCUGCUGGAGGCCUUGAGGGAGUACCCCGAUGUUCAGGCCGUGUACUCGAACGUGACCAAAGGAGCCAUGAGCGACGAACAAUGGGCCAAGAUCGAGGAGAACUUGGACACGUAGAGGUGGCGCAGAGACUAGACUUGUACCAGUAGUAGAUGGAACCUAAAAACCCCCAACCCAUAGAUGUGUUGCGAUUGAUGUACAGCCCGUAUGAACAUGCCGCCCUC